AUGAUUGAUGAUGAUGAUGAUGAUGAUGAUGAUGAUGAUGAUGAUGAUGAUGAUGAUGAUGAUGAUGAUGAUGAUGAUGAUGAUGAUGAUGAUGAUGAUGAUGAUGAUGAUGAUGAUGAUGAUGAUGAUGAUGAUGAUGAUGAUGAUGAUGAUGAUGAUGAUGAUGAUGAUGAUGAUGAUGAUGAUGAUGAUGAUGAUGAUGAUGAUGAUGAUGAUGAUGAUGAUGAUGAUGAUGAUGAUGAUGAUGAUGAUGAUGAUGAUGAUGAUGAUGAUGAUGAUGAUGAUGAUGAUGAUGAUGAUGAUGAUGAUGAUGAUGAUGAUGAUGAUGAUGAUGAUGAUGAUGAUGAUGAUGAUGAUGAUGAUGAUGAUGAUGAUGAUGAUGAUGAUGAUGAUGAUGAUUGA